AUGCUCAGGCGAGAAGUUCCUGGGAAUGCAGUUGAUAGGCCCGAAAAAAAACUCACAGCCCUAGAUGCACAUCAUUAUGCGACAAGCAAGCCCCAGCGCUGGGAGCACGACCUGUCACUUCCUUUUGACUUCCGGGAUUCGGCCCCGGCGCCAGGACACAAGUCCCAAGUCUUGAUCUUGGUCAUGGCGGGGAAAGCCACCAUGUCCUCUGUUGGAGAGUCAUGA